ACAGGGGGCAGUGUGGAAGAUGGGACCAAAAGUCAAGCCGGCCAAAGAGGGCGAUGUACGUCACCAGCAGGAAGAGGAACCGGCUGGAAGAGCACUACCUGCGCAAACAGACAUGGCUGAUCAACUAACAGAAGAGCAGAUUGCUGAGUUCAAGGAGGCCUUCUCCCUUGUCGAUAAGGACGGCGACGGCACCAUCACCACCAAGGAGCUGGGCACCGUGAUGCACUCUCUGGGCCAGAACCCCACGGAGACCGAGCUGCAGGACAUGAUCAACGAGGUGGACGCCGACGGCAACGGCACCAUCGACUUCCCAGAGUUCCUGACCAUGAUGGCGAGGAAGAUGAAGGACACAGACAGCGAGGAGGAGAUCAGGGAGGCCUUCCGAGUGUUUGACAAGAGUGGCAAACGCCUAAUCUCUAUGACCAGACUGCCAACAGUGGCGGUUCUACGUCCAGUUACGCCCCGGGCGAGGCUCCCUCCGAGAUGGGGGGGGGGUUCUCAACAAGCAGGUGCGCCUGCAACCAGAGGGGGCGCCAGUCUACCAAUUCCCCACACAACGUUAUAAGACAUCAAAGAAAACCGCUUUGAGGCACAAAUGUUUAUUUUUCUUUUAUUGCUCGUGGAGCCCCCCACAAAUCAUGAAAGAAUGGUGCUCUGGGCGGCUUCCCGGGUCGCCCGUGCCCAGAACCGCCCCUGACUACAAAGGCAGUAUCUGCAUCACGGAACUGCAGAUACUUUUCAGUUUUCAGGCGGUAAUUAACGGUACUAUUUGUAACUUUGUUUGUACCUCUUAAAAUAAAGAGAGAAAAAUUGUACACAUAAAACAAAUGUCUGUACAAUUUGA